UGCUUGCGUGAGCAACAACAUAGCUACGAAUUCGACAAAAUGGCGGCCAACUACGAUCAAUGUCGGUUCGCAGAGUCUUUGGCGAAAUACGUAGCCGUUUGGAACGACAAAUCGGCAGAUCAUGCAGAUAAAACAAAACGAAAAGCACAAAUGAAAGCCUUAGGUGAUGAAUUUGGUAUGACCCGUAAGUAUUGGAGUAUAAUUUGUUCAUUUAUAUGUGGUAGAUUUGUAUUGUAUAAUUUAUUAUAAAGCCCAUUUCGACAUGGCUGGCGUGACCUUUAAGAGCAAAUUGACGUGUUUUGUGUGCAAAUCAGUCGAAAUGUAGAAUACUACCUACACUGGUAUUCACGUUUGAGAAAUAUUUUUCAGAUAGUUACUGUGUUAAAGACACAAACCACGGCAACUUAUUGUAGAAUAUUACCAACACUUGACCUCCACGUUUGAAAUGAUUUAUUCGGCCGAUAACACGACAUGGCCGAAACGAGAUCGUCAUGGUCCGAUUGAUUUCGUCUCGGCAUCCUGUAGCAACCAGCCGAUGCUUUAUUUCUGCCGGUAUGUAUUUAGAAUUACCGUCAAAAAUGGCCAACAUUUUGCCCAAUUUAAGCCUGGUCCAACUUUGUCGUGAUGAUCGCGAUCAAGCUGGGGGCGACGUAGUAGAUUGAGUGUCGAUAUAUCUCCGCAAUCAGUGAUACAGCUGUGAUACAACUACGUGAAAAAAUAUAAACUUGGACGAGGGCCGAAGACGCUCGAAACGCCGAAGUACUAUUUUUCAGGUAGUUGAAUUUCUCGCACAUCGCAGUUGUUUUGUUGUCGUCGCUAUAUACUUACGGUGACACCUUCGACAGCGCGGCGCGAUUCCUCAGUCCUUGCAAGUUAAUAAAACGGCCAAUAAAAGGAACUUGUAAAAGAUAUGUAGACCAAAUAACUCAAAAUGUAUUGUUGUAGCGCUUCUAAAUAUUUGAAAAACUUAAGAAACUAGAUCAAAGUUGUCGGUCAGUGAAAAUCGAAAAAUCGCGCCGCGUUGUCGAAUCACGUCCGGUGUGUCUGGCACUUGGCCUUAAAAUUAACGUUGAACAAAAUGAUUGCGGAAGAAAACUUGUCGUCCAAUAUUUAUCGUAUGAAAAAUAAUACAGUUUAAAGAUCGAGGUUAACACAGGGUCUAUGAUUGAGAAAAGUUCUAGGACCCAAUUCAAAGUAGCAUUUGUCUCAGCUUGAAACGUAAGCGUUGUGUUGUACAAGACGUGAUAAUUUGCCGUUGUAAACAGCGACGGCGACAUCUGAAACUUCUGUGAAAUAUUAAUUGUUCAUUUCUGCUCAUUUUCUUGUAUUAAUAUAAUAUCAAUAGCUGUCCUCGUUACACUUUCGUCCGGCCUGUUGACGUUCUUAUAACAAAAUAUAGUUCUUUAUAUUUUUUAAAAGUGCAAAAUUCAACCCUGUUUCUUGUCAAGUCCCCGCUUACGGUGUAAAACGGCAACCCAACGACAACGGCCAGAAUAAAAUCAUUCAAAUAAACGAUUUUAAAGAAAAUUUGUAGAUUAUUAUUGAUCGUAUCAAUUCAAAACUGUUAGUUAGCUUGACAUAGUGGGUUUAAUGUUGAGAAAGUUCUCACUGGAGUCCUGAGCUAAUUUGCCGAGUAUCACUUCUCGCGUCUUGAAAUGCAGGCGUUGUAUCCAAGACGUAAAAUUAUGUUGUUUCCCGUUGUAAACAGACCAUGCAUGCAUGACGUCUCAAACUCCUGUAGGAUAUUAGUUAUUCAUAUCUUUUCUUAAAUGUAUUAUGAAUCUCAUUGUAUGAAUAGCCGUCAUCGUCACGUCGCGGUCUCACAUGGUAAGGUCUCUAAUAUUGGCAACACAGGCCAUGUCCAUGAUUCUGAACAAAGUAUCGUCUAGACAAGCUACGCACGUUUCCCUGUGCAGACUGAUAACGCCGACAGUUUGUCUUCACGAAUUUUAAUAUAUCAAACUAGUUUUCCUUUGCCCAAAUUCGUUGUAACCGUUCAUACGUCUAAUUACAAUGUCAAUGUACAAUUGAUAGACUUUUUAAGCUGCAAACGCGAGCAGUAAGGAUUAUUACUGGCUCAACCGACGGUCAACUAAAAUUUUCACUAACUUUAAAUGGUUGCUCAUCGCUAAAAUUCAUCGUGAUCUUAUCAUGAUGUUCAAAAUAAUGAAAGGUUUGGCACCAAAUUAUUUGACCCACAUGUUUAACACUUGCGAUAAUCGAUAAUCCACGUUAUAACUUGCGUAGCGUAGCAACCAUAUAAAUCUUUCGUUAGAUAAGCCCAAAACCAAGUUCCGCAAUUUAGAGAAGUUUUUCUUACAAAGGAGCUGUGAGCUGGAAUAGUCUAGAUGAUCAUAUUGGAAGUAACAUUAACUCUAUAUCUUUUAAUUCCUUCAAAAAACAUCUAGAUAUAUAAUCUCCACUUCUUAACUUUGUAAAAUUUUCUAGUAUUUAUGUCAAUUUUUUGAUGUAGUAUCCCAAAGGUCACUCAGGUUCGUUUCCCAUCGUGGUCAGGAAAACUUUUCAGCCUGCUCGUUGUUGGAUGCACGUAUAUAUGCACGUAUAUAUGAAUAUACACUCCCCCUAAUUAUCUAGCUACGGCCCUAGCACGGCCCUUUGAAAAGCAGAUCAUCCGAAAGGCCACCGUGUGUUGUAAAUAAAUGUAAAUAAUAAUCCGAUAUCAUUAAAAACGUAUCAUCCGAUUAAAAACACGCACAUCUUUUCUUUUAGCCGAGGUAGCGGACCGAAAAUACAACAGCUUGCGAACGUACUUCGUGAAACAACGCCGAAGAGUAAAAGAAUCUGAGAAACGCGUCCGUGACACUGGAAGCAUUUAUCGCCCGUUAUGGCCGCCAUAUUGGAAACUUUUGUUUUUGGAAGAAGCGUUAGCCCUAACGAAUUCCGACGACCCGUCGGAGAAGAGAGAUAGUGAAGAUCUAAGCUUGGCAACAAUGGUCCAAAAUCCGCGAAGAAAUUCAGAUGUGUCGUUCGAUAGGACAAACUCCGAGACUGAUCUCAGCUUAGUAACCAUGGUCAACAAUCCACGACAUUCGGAGUCGUGUACGGCUGAAGACGCGUUGUUGUCUGUUCUUCCCGAGACCCACACAGACACGAUUUCGGGCGGGCUUAGUUCCAGCCCGUUUUCAGGCAACACGCAUUCACAUAAACCCAAAGCGUCAGGGAGACUAAGUUCCAGCCUGCACGUGGGCAAUGCUCAUUCACCAAUCAGAAUCGACGAUGACAUCCAGGAGGGGGUUGAGGUUGAAAAGUUUCAAGAGGAGUCGGAUGAACCCACUGACCGAACCCCCCUGGAAUCGGAUAGAUCUCACUUCCUUAGGCCCCAUUCCCCCACCUAUCCUAUUUUCCCACCUACCGAUUUAUCCGCUCCUCACUCAGUGACAACGUUUCCCCUAAAUAUCCCGAAUUCACUAGCAUUAGCCCUACCUAGUGGCGAUAUUUCACCCCCGGGCAAACGUCGUAAACGUGGUUUUCCGAAUUCCAACGACAAUGACGCAGGAAUCGCAUUUCACGAUACUAUCGACAGUUUACGAACCGUUGCCGAAAGAAUACGGGAAGACACGAGUGAUGACGUCGGCGGGUUCUUGAAAAUGAUUGGUUUUCAAUUACGAAGUAUAGAUGACCCUCUUCGACGCAUGCGCGUUAUGCAUGCUAUACAAGGAGUGAUUUUGGAUGAAAUUGCGUCAACGGUUAGAUAACGGUUACCGAACGAGCGGCUCGUGUAGGGAUACAACACUAACAUGGUCAUCAUUGUUUAAAAGAGUUUCUUAAAUCUCGUUGCUUUGUUCUACUCGAUAAAAAUUAAAGCCAAUUGAGAAUCUCAACUGCGCAUCAUGAUAUGUAUAGCUGAGAUUGGUAGCAUUGUAGUCAAACCGGAUGUUCUCUUGCGAGCAACAUUGCAAUAUUGUCCCACAAUAUUGCAGUUUUGAUGGGAUGAUUGCUCUGAGCAAUUUGCAAGCGACGCAAACAAAUUGCAAGUUGAAAUUCACAAAGAUUUGUAAAAAAGCCUCUGAUUGGACUAUAAGAAAAAGAGAAGCUCCAAUCCAGUUGCUCAGAUUAUUUGAUUGGCUUCCUUUCUGAUAAUAGUCCAAUCAGAGGCUUGUGAAUUUCAACUUGCAAUUUGUUUGCGUCGCUUGCAAAUUGCUCAGAUCUGCCUAUGAAAAUUGCAAUACUGUAGGACAAUAUUGCAAUGCUCUUCGCAAAUAAAUUAUUCACAAUAGAUUAUUUUUUUGUAGAUUGACUAGGUUGGUAUUGAUAAAAAAACAAGAAAAACCAUAAGGGCUUAUCAAGCUAGCCAACCAAAUACUCAGACACAUAUCAAAGUGUUCAACUGUUCAGUCAUUAUUUCACAUGCGUUGAAAAGUGACUUGAAAUCGACAAUAAAUUAGACGGUCAUAGGCAAUUCCAGCUUUUAAUUUAUGCGCGCAGGGGGUGACGGGAAGUAAGGUAUCAUAUUGCUGAUUAUGCUGAAAAAUUUCAAUAAAAAAGCCGAAACAACCGCGAAAUAUUUCAAUAUUUACAAGAAUAAGCUUGUGUUCAUAUGGACAUGUUAUUUAUCUGAAUGACAUUUCCAGGGUUCUGGGUCAUUUUCAUUACUUUAUGAAGAGCUUAUUGUCUUUGAUCUAUAAAUUUUUAGUUUUGACUCUAUUUGAUAAAAUAAGAACCUGCUUUUGAAAUUCUAGCCUAAACAGGUUCUUAUUUAAAGGGGGUGUAAAUAAAAUAAUUUAUACGCGGUAAAUUUCGUAAAUUUAUCCACAUUUUAGCUAUCAUUCUUUAUUUUUAAUCAGUGCCACUCAAAUAUUUUAUUUCUUUCUAUCCAAAUCCAUGUUUUGCCGACUGGGAUUCAAUAUUUUGCCGAUCACUGGUUUGUUGUUUAAGUUUGAUAUUUUGUUGUAAAAAUACAGAAUAUAUUUUUGUAUAUAUAUGUACUAUAUACUGUAAACGUUUCUUAACUCUAUAUAUGUACUAUAAACAUUUAUAUUAAAACAAAGCUUUUGUGUUCGCUGUCUCUUUUGUCUUUCAUUCCUUUCGUACUAGACUUUCCCUUUUAAGGGCGUAAUGGACUUUAUGUAUAAAAUAAGAAGAAAUAACGUCUUUACCGAAUCGAUGACCAGUAUGUUUAACACUCAUGUUUAACAUAAGCAAUUUCAGUCUCCCAAAACAAACAGAAAUUUUAAGAAAAAAGUAUAAGAUACUCAUGCAGGGGCAAUGCUGUGGAAUCAUUUACCCAAAAGGGCAAAGGCCAGGGACAUUAUUAGGAUAAUCUAGAUAUAAUUUUGUUUGUAAUGUAAUGUACAAAAUGUUUCAAUUUGUUGCAUGUAAACGGCCCCUUGAAAAUCAGUUUCCUAAGACGUGCACUGAACUGAAG